CAAAGAGUGAAACUGAAACUGGGAAAAAAAAAGAAAAAAAAAAAGAAGAAGAAGAGAGAUUCCAAAUUUGGUGAGGUGUAGGCAUCCCUUUUGGGUGGCGACGAUUACCUCUCUCCCACUUACUCUCUUUACAUACAAUCCACAAUCUUUCUCUUUCUCCCCCAUCUUCUUCCUAAACUCAAAUCACAAAUAAUGUCUGACAGAGUUUUCCCUUCUUCCAAACCCGCCACCAAUGGCACCACCGCACCCGCCACCAAGCCACCCCUUCGCCAUCCAUACCGUUCGCAACCCCACCACCGACGACACCGUACCCACCGCAACUACUGUUGUUGUUGCUGCUUUUGGACCAUUCUCAUCCUCCUUAUCCUCGCUCUAAUUAUAGCAAUUGCUGGCACUGCUCUUUAUGUCCUCUACCGCCCUCAACGCCCCGCUUUCUCCAUCCCUUCACUCCGUGUCCACCGACUCAAUCUCACCACCACCUCCGACUCCUCCUCUAAUCAUCUCUCUACUCUUUUCAACUUCACUGUCACCUCCAAAAACCCUAACUCCCAUCUCACUUACUUUUAUGAACCAUUUGAUAUCUCAUUUUUUUCAUCCAACGACGUCUUCUUGGGUAACGGUACUAUACCUGCUUUCACAUCCCCGACUAAAAACCAAACGGUUUUCAAGAACGUCAUCGUUUCUGGGUCGAAUGAGCUUGAUACGGAUUCUGUAACUUCAUUGAAAUCGGAUCUGAAGAAAAAGAGUGGGGUUCCUUUGAAAAUCGUGCUGGACACUAAAGUGAAAGUGAAAGCAGGGAAGCUGAACAGCAAGAAGAUUGGAAUCAGAGUUACGUGUGAGGAGUUCAAAGGGGUAGUACCGAAAGGUAAGUCGCCAUCGGUGGCUACUUCUAAUAAAUCUAAGUGUAAGGUUGAUCUUCGAAUCAAGAUCUGGAAAUGGACUUUCUAGUCUAGUUAUAUUUUAACUAUCUCUGUUUGGUGUUUUUUUUUUUUUUUUUUUUUGAUAUAAAUACAUAUAUUAUUUUGUUCUGUCAAUUGUUGAAGAGUGUUAAAAGAAGAAUUAAGGGGUUGAGAAAUGGUAGUAAAGUAAGUUGUUUCACUGAUUUUGAAAA